GGCGGGGCUGCUGUGGCCCCCGGGGCGUUAUAAAAAGGCCUCUGAGCUCCCCCUGCUCUGGUAAAGAGGCUGAAUGUCUGCAGGACAUGCUUAACGUUUGUCUAUCCAUGUUCUUCUACUAACAACCAGCGGGGUUGGCACAUCGAUGCACAGAGACUGGCGUACUGCUCCACUCAGGAGCUCUCUAUGACAGAAAUCAGAAUCCAGAGCAGCAGAUUGCACCAGAGUUACAUGUUGAGCAAUUUACGUGUUGUUGCAUUUAGCUUUAGAGAGGCUGUUUGAAAGUUUUGUCAUUUGUGUUUUUUUUGGUUUCAAACACACUCAUUAUUGUGGAGAAAGAGCAUCUCCUCUUAGUUAGUUUUUCUGUUCAUCCCUCCAUUGCUUAGAGGUUUGACCUUUUGCCAACAUGUGGGAGUUCAGGUCCAUGUCUUUCUGGCGGGCGGUGUUCGCCGAGUUCUACGGCACCAUGUUCUUCGUGUUCUUUGGACUGGGGGCGGCCCUCCGCUGGACCACCGGGCCCCAUAAUGUUCUCCAUGUUGCCUUUUGCUUUGGGCUGGCGGCCGCCACCCUCAUCCAGUCCAUCGGCCACAUCAGCGGAGGACACAUCAACCCGGCUGUUACCUUCGCCUACCUGAUUGGCUCCCAGAUGUCCCUGUUCCGCGCUUUCUUCUACAUCAUGGCCCAGUGUCUCGGAGCGUUGGCCGGUGCUGCCGUGCUCUAUGGGGUCACGCCCAACAACAUGAGGGGAAACCUAGCACUCAACACGCUGCAGCCAGGCAUCAGCCUGGGCAUGGCCACCACCAUGGAGGUCUUCCUCACCCUGCAGCUUGUCGUCUGCAUCUUCGCUGUGACUGAUGAGAGGCGCAACGGACGCCUGGGCUCUGCUGCCCUCGCCAUCGGCUUCUCUGUGCUCAUGGGGCAUCUCCUCGGGAUGUACUACACCGGAGCAGGAAUGAACCCAGCGAGGUCCUUCGCCCCAGCUGUCCUGGUUAGGAAUUUUGUCAACCACUGGGUGUACUGGGUGGGACCGAUGAUUGGCGGCGCCAUGGGUGCUCUGCUGUACGACUUCAUGCUGUUCCCUCGUGUGCGCGGCCUCUCCGAGAGGCUCGCCACACUGAAGGGCGUCCGGACCCCAGAGGCCGAGGGCCAGCAGGAGACCAGGGGAGAGCCCAUCGAGCUCAAGACACAGGCCCUAUAAACCCGGAAAAGAAGAUUGGCUUUCUGACAUCCCCACCCCUCCCCCAUCCCUCACCCUUCACCCCUUAUUCGGCACUCUCACUUCCCGGUCCAUCCUUAGCCCACACAUACCUCCACACAUGCUAACACAGAUCCCAAACGCCUUCUGCAUCCAGAACUGGACCUAUCGAAUCACAGUGAAGGGGAACCCAGAGCCCCGACCAUCUCGCCUGAUUUCACCCCUACCCACCCUUCCUCCUCCUCCUCCCCCUUGGACUGCAGGACAAAGAUGGAGGGUUAGAAGAAGACUUGCCACUGAAGGAAGCACCCUGUGCCCUGUGGUGUGGAGAGUCAGUCGCUCCUGGCUGACCAGGUGGCUAUAACUGCUCAGGACAGGGGCCUCUCUCGCUAUCUUUUCUUUCACUUUCUCUCUCUCUCUUUCUGUUUUUCUUCCUAUUUCGUAGUCUUGCUAGGAGUGAAGCUACAGUAGAGCAGUGGACUUCUGCAUGCUUUUCCAUUUUGAUCCGGUGUGAUCUCGCCCUUCGUUUCGUUUAUAAUGAACUUUGGGUAAAUUACAUGUACGUAUUGUACUUUACCAGUAUUUAUUUGGCUUCUUUUUUUUCAGUUGUAUGUGUGUGUGUGAGACAGAGAUUGGGUGUGCAUGCAUGUCUCUGUGCACGUGUAUGCGUGUGUUUUAAUUCACUUUUCAUCGCCACAAUCCUUUGACUGUAUUUUUUUAAUCAAACAAGCAUAUUUUAGGGAAAGAUGCGGCUUUUUCCACCAGCAAAAGUUCAACAUGUUUAGAGUGAUCCCCUUUUUAUAUCAGAUGAAAAUAAUUGACGCCUUAAAGCCAAAUUCAUUCAGUUUAGAGUUUGUGUCUCAUCUAGUGACACACACGCAUUCAUAUUUAUAUCAAAAUAAACACAAAACACAAAACUAUCUGGUCUUUUCUGAGCUCAAUAAGUUACAAUUACAAAAACUUAAAAUUAUAUAAUUGCCACCAAACCAGUUGCUUUAUAAGUGGUAAAAUCUGCAGGUUUGUUCCACAUUUAGACAACUCCUACAGUACUUGUGUUGAGUUACAUUUACUUCUCUGACAUGAGCUUUGCUUUUUAGAGCAGCGCUUAUCACAGAUUCAUGUACAGGUGUGUGAUAGUUGGUUUGCUUUUACUUUUUGCGUGUCUGCCAUGGAAAAACAAAGAAAGCAAACCUGACGAGCUGUCAUGAGGAACUAGCGUUUUCCAGUUGAACUGUGUUGUUUGAUACGACUGAAGGGUCUCUGUUACACCAACUCGAGGUUAAAGAUGAAAGAGUGCAUGAGGUGUGGUGGCUUGUUGCUGGUGUUGGCAAACACCUGGUGCCUUCUCUUUUCUAUACGCUGAGCUGGGUGGCUCUUUGGGAGUGAGAUAGUUUUAUUGGACAAGCCCCUCUCUGACAUUUGGGAGAAGAGAGAAGGUCACCGCGAGGCGACUGAAAUCUUUAGUGUGUUUUGUACAGGGUGAUAAAUGUACAUUUUCAUACAAUAUACACAAGCGAGAAUGAACUUUGAAGUUCUCCAUUGGCCCGGCGUCCCCUCUCUCUUCCAUCCCUCCUUCAUUCACCCUACCUCCUCCCUUUGUUUACGAGGCAGCCGUCUUGUUCUGCUCCAAUGAGGGGACAUCUAACGCUGCUGGGAUGGAGGGAAGGGGACGGGGCUCUGAGAUAAGUUUUCACCAGAGCAGUUAUUGAACCAGACAUGUAAGCUGAUUCUCUCUCUGCUUCUUCUACAUAACUUUUUUUUUUCAGUGUGAUUUCCCUGGCAGUGGUUGAGUAGAUUUACAUUUUAGUGACAUGUUGAAAUUAGACUUUGUGUUCUAAUGGAAAAGCUUUGUGAUGUACAGUGUAAAGUUUUCUUUUUUUUUUUUUAAAAACAUUUCAUGAUUGUUGAAACUGGAUGGAUAGGAAAUAUAAUAUGCUAGUUAUGCAAUGUCUCCUCUUUGGCUGAUGGAUUAUGGAAGUGAUGCCGAUUAUGUUAUACACCAAUAUGCUUUCAUUCAAUGGACAGCCUUUUUGGUUCCAGGCAUACCUUCCCGAUCACAAUGCCAUUGAUUUAUUAUUUUUAUAUGUCAAAAAAAUCAGAAAAUUCUUAUGUUUCAAAUCA